UUUAUGGAAAUGAGAAAAAGAGACAGCACUUUCCAUGAAUGAAAAGGUAAUCAAUCAAUCACAACACCAAUUUUUCUGAAUUAUUAUUUAUUGUGAAGUGCUUUAUUUUUCGUCAAAAUUAGUAAAAUACAUGAAAAUGAAUACGAUAACAAGUGAAUUGAGUAUGCACGAUUUGAAUGUGAGGUUUUUUGAGAUAAUGCAAAAUGAAAAUAAUGCGGAAGCUGCAGCCAAUUAUAUCUUCGAAGCUGUUUGCGACGAUGUGACCCUAGGAUUUGCUUUCGAGUUCCACCAUGGGCUGAAGACUGGCUUGACUGAAUUGAUGGAAGGUGAGAAAGAAGAAGAGGAGCCUUACAAAAUAGUGAGCACACCAGAAUGUGAUGUCUUUGGUUUCUCAAUGAUGAAGAAGACACCUGAUUCCAACUGUUCCUGUCCAAACUGUGAAAGACCGGUUUCAGCUACAAGAUUUGCUCCUCAUCUAGAAAAAUGCAUGGGUAUGGGCCGCAACAGUUCACGCAUAGCUUCCCGUCGUAUCGCUUCGAACAGCCGCGAGCCGACCUCAUACGCGGGACUACUCAGCGAUGAUGAAGAUGACGUUGACUGGUCCGGAGGUUCCAUGCAGAACGAGCGACGGAAACGCAGGAUUAAGAAUAACAACAAUAGGAAACCUAAUAAAGUGCAUAAGCACAACAACGGGACGCAGAACUCGGACUCGAACGACGGCGCCACAUACGAAACGAUGAGUGCCAACGAGAAGAAGAAUUUGCUGCAGCAAAUCUGCGGCGUCGUUUCCGAGCACACUAAGAAAUUAUGCACUAGAUCCACACGCUGCCCGCAACACACCGAAGAACAACGGCGCGCCCUCCGCAACAGUGUUCUAGAACCUUCCACUCCAGAGUCUCAGACUAUGGGCCUCACCGCUGAGGAGGCUGGCUCCCCUCCCGACUCCAGCCCCUCAUCCUCCUGCUCCUCAUCCAGCCGCAAAAGGGACCGCCACCGCGCCCAACCAAAAACCAAAAGCAAGAGGGAAAGGAAUAUAUCACCUAACACAAGGGACUAAGGACUGAUUUCGCUUAUGUGGUAAGAAUAUCGCUGGAUACGGUAGAAAAUAGAUACUAUAAUAAUUUAGCUUGCUCCCAAAUGGGGUGAUGUGACUAUGUAUAGCAUGUGUUCGCUUUUUUAGCUAUGAAACAGUUCCAUUUUGUAUGAGAAAAUUUCCUUUGACCGACGGCCAUAGAUUAUUUUAUUUGAAUAGACAAUUACAGGUGUGUAAUUAGUUCCUGUAUACAUAGGUUCUAGGAUUAAGUUAGAUGUGACAAUAAUGACGAGAAUAUUUCAUAUUUGAUUCUUUUGUGACGUUAAGACAGUUUGCUUCAAUCAUGCAUAGCACUUAAGAAACAUACAUACAUUGCAAGUUAAAGGUAAGCGUCCACAGGCCCGCAUCGUACGCAUCGCUCGCACCGGAUUUUAGUUUGUCUUGUUUAGAAACUCAUACAACUGCGUCCUCUGAUCCGCAUCGUACGGACCGCAUCAUCGGCAAUGCCUACAUGCGAUGCGUACUGAUGACGUCAUACGGAAUGCGUUCGAUGCGGCCUGUGGACGCUUACCUUAAAUAAAAGAAAACAUUAGGGCCGUUCCCUUAACUUGGAGAGUUUAGAAAACCAUUUUUCUUUUUAUCAAACAUUGCUAAUGAUAAAGAUAAACAAAUUGUAAUAAAAUACACUUUUUUAUUCAAACUGCAUUCAAAAAUGAACUGUCUGUACUUUACACAUGAUUGACAAUUACUUGCUUUUACAAUUACGUAUGGCGGUCAAAGGAAGGUAUAAAUAUAAUCAAUUUGACGGUGCAUAUAAAUAAACAUUAGUUUUUACUACGCUAAUGUAUAGACGCUAGCUCAUUAAACUACCCCGGGUCUGUUAAUUUUGUUCAAUUUUUAACCUUAUCAUCAAUAGUAAGUUCUAAUAUUUCAUAAAGAGUGGUAAAUUCGUUCACCUUUCAAAAACUUACCUUUUGCGAGCAAAAUCGCAUACUAGAAUUUUUUCCCGUGUCGUGGUUGCGUUUACAGACGAACCAUUUCAUAAACAUAUUACACCCAGACCAGAAACAAUAAUUUGUGGAUCACACAAAAAGUUUGUCUGUAGUCUAAUGAGCUAGCAUUUUAGAAUUUAUUCAUAGAUAAAAAGAAAAGAAAUGAAUUUGAUGUCCUAAUAUUUAAGAACUAUUAUAGACACUAUUUGACAUAAUCAUACAUUAUGAAAUAUCGAUAAUACGGUUUAUUAUUGACUGCACUGCAAUGUGCAAAAAUUGUAAGACAUCUUCAUUCGAGAAAAUAAUAAAUUAUUACUAUUAGGGGUUAUUAACAACCUCGCAUGACUCAUGACUGGCAUCAUCGUCAUCUGCGCAGGGCUCUGACUCUUGAAACCAAUCUCAAUUUCAAUGCAAUAUCAAUCCAAUAUAAUCACAAUAAUUAUUCAAUGUCAAAACUAUACAACUCCUAUCAAUAGCA